GCCUGUCGGCCACUGCCACACGGAAACCCGCAGUACUCUAUGUAACAGGACAGCCAGGUACUGGGACCCGUCUCCUUUAAUGUAGCUGAUUUAGUCUGUAUGUAAAUGAAAGAAAAAAAUGUCUUCUUAGCUUCGAAGGCUUUACCCGACAUGACCUCACCGGGCCGCCCCUCCAGAUGAAUGGGAUCCCUCAUCGCUUCUCUGCCGCUCGUCUUGGCACCGACUUGUCUCUAAAGCCCCGAUUUUAGGAUCUGUGAGCUUUCGGUCUCUGUGAUCAGCUCAUUAAUGGUUUGACGCGAAAUCCGCCCUGUCUGAUCUGAAGAGAAGAGACGACGCCAAAUCUCCGGUAACCUGCGCGUCAGGGCCUUGGCCAUGGGGGGAUCCAAGAGUAAGCCCAAGGAAUCAAGCCAGCGAACCCGCAGCCUCGAUGGCAACCUCAGCUCUGGAGGAGGGGCCGGCGGCCACCACCUCAACUCCAAUCAACAGUCCUUAACACCCAACCGCAGCCCUACUAUGGAUGGAGGUCUCAGUGGCAAUCAGUCUAUGGCCAAUAACGCAGAGCUGGCCCUGUUUGGAGGCGUGGACAAUAACAGCGUCACCUCUCCUAACAGAAUCACACUAGCAGGAGGUGUGACGACCUUCGUGGCAUUGUAUGACUACGAGUCUCGAACAGCCUCAGAUCUGUCUUUCAGGAAGGGCGAACGCCUUCAGAUAGUCAACAACACGAGGAAGGUGAACUGCAGAGAAGGGGACUGGUGGCUGGCGCGCUCCCUGACCACUGGAGAGAGUGGUUAUAUCCCCAGCAAUUAUGUGGCUCCAUCUGACUCCAUCCAGGCAGAAGAGUGGUACUUUGGCAAAAUCUCACGCCGUGACUCUGAGAGGCUGCUGCUAAGUUUAGAGAACAGGAGAGGGACUUUCCUGGUGAGAGAGAGUGAGACCACCAAAGGUGCCUACUGUCUGUCUGUAUUGGACUACGAUAACACCAAAGGGCUGAAUGUGAAGCACUACAAGAUCAGGAAGCUGGACAGCGGAGGCUUCUACAUCACAUCGCGCACACAGUUCAGCACCCUGCAGCAGCUCGUCAAUCACUAUCGCAAGCAUGCUGAUGGGCUGUGUCACAGUCUAACAGAAAUUUGUCCUGUACUGAAGCCUCAGACACAGGGACUAGCUAAGGAUGCUUGGGAGAUCCCCAGAGAGUCCCUCCGUCUUGACCUCAAGCUCGGACAGGGCUGCUUCGGAGAGGUCUGGAUGGGAACAUGGAACGGUACAACACGUGUGGCGAUCAAGACCUUGAAGCCCGGCACCAUGUCCCCUGAGGCGUUCCUCCAGGAAGCUCAGGUCAUGAAGAAACUGAGACACGAGAAGCUGGUUCAGCUGUACGCGGUGGUGUCUGAGGAGCCCAUCUACAUCGUCACGGAGUACAUGGGGCAAGGUAGCCUACUGGAUUUCCUGAAAGGUGACAUGGGUAAGAUGCUCCGCCUCCCCCAGCUGGUGGAUAUGGCCUCACAGAUUGCUUCGGGGAUGGCGUAUGUGGAGAGGAUGAACUACGUUCACAGAGACCUCAGAGCUGCUAACAUCCUGGUGGGAGAUAACCUGGUUUGCAAAGUGGCUGAUUUUGGUCUGGCUCGCCUCAUUGAGGAUAAUGAAUAUACUGCCAGGCAAGGGGCCAAGUUUCCCAUCAAGUGGACAGCUCCUGAGGCUGCUCUGUACGGCCGCUUCACCAUUAAAUCUGACGUCUGGUCGUUUGGGAUCCUGCUCACUGAGCUGGCCACCAAAGGCAGAGUGCCCUAUCCAGGCAUGGUGAACCGGGAGGUGUUGGACCAGGUGGAGCGUGGUUACCGGAUGCCGUGCCCAGCAGAGUGCCCCGAAUCCCUGCACGAGCUGAUGCUGACCUGCUGGAGGAAAGAGCCAGAGGAGAGGCCCACCUUCGAGUACCUGCAGGGCUUCCUGGAGGAUUACUUCACCUCCACCGAGCCUCAGUACCAGCCAGGAGAGAACCUGUAACUGGGCCGAACGUGGAUAUGUGCAUGUGUUACGCAUGCGCAAAAACUGAGCAUGUGCAUCUGCUUUUAGAGUGCAUGGACCAGUGUGUGUGUGUACAGUAGAAAGCCGACAGCAAUCUGGGUACAAUCAGUAACUCUGACGUCAGGGAUCGUCAGCGGGACAUCAAAACAAUCAGCGACAUUCAGUUCCUGCCUCUUUCCAAAGUCAUUGUCACACUCCCCACUGUGUCAGCCAGUCAGAGAGGGACUAUUUUCAGAGGAAAAGACUAUUACUUGUUAUACAAUGCUUUUUUUUGUCAAUCAAAUCAACGGUCUAUACAGCCAAGCAGGUUUUUCUACCUUCUUUGUGUUUGUAAGGUGCCCUUAUAAUAUACAGUACAUCCCCCAGACGCUCCUCCUGUAUUAAUUCAUGCUGACUGAUCUUGUAGUUUUCCAGCUUCAAUGACACCAGACUAAAAGACUAAAAGACUAGUAACUUUGGAUACAAGUAUUGUCCUGCUGAAAGCGCCACUACAGGAUUUCUAUUUUACUACACUUUCUGUGGGAUCCAAUUCAAAACACAUGCUCAGACUUUGUCUUCCAUUUUGUCACAUGAGAAGCAACUGUUGGGGGAUGUACAUUAAAUUUCCAGGAUAUUGCGCAUCAUGAUUUUUUUUUUGUUAUUAGACCAUUAGACCUGGAUCAACUGGAAAAUGUUCUGGUGAACAUUUUUACCCCCCCCCCCCGCAACAAGUUUGUCGACUGCUGUGAGAUUCUGAAUGAGGCUAACACCCUUGAUUCCCAUCAGUGUGUGCGUGUGUGUGUGUUUGUGUGUGUGUGUAGUAGUCUCACACAGCAUCAUACAGCUCGACGCAAAGAAGAGGCGAGGCAGAGUUUGUCUCUCUAUUUUCUCAUUGUGACUUUUCUUACAAACGAAAUGCUACUGAUCACCAACGGUCGUCUCAGGACGGAGGUGAACUCAAGUUCUGCUGCAAGGAUUUUUGUGCCAAUGAAAAAUCUCUUUUUGUACUCUACUUAAAAAGUGUAUUUUACUACUCUGAACUUUUCUUACAAUGAAUUCUGAGAUGUGAGUGGAGGAUAUGCUGUUCUCCUCAAAGGAUAAUCCACUGUUUUCAGAUCCCGUGCACCUGUGUACAGAACCGACAGGCUCACCAUCGCGGUUUCAAGGUGUCGAUUUUGUUUUUUUUAAGGAUUGAAAUUAAAAUCAGGUGAAUUUUUUUCAUGCCUCCACAUUAAUAUGAAUCUAUUUUUUAAUCAGCCUCAGUACUUCCCCAAUAAUUGGUGCAUCUGUGAGCACAAUCUUACACUGGAGAUCUUGUUUCUGUUGUGGUUACGCCGUCCUCCAGCCUGUAGGGGGCAGACUAGGAGCUUUCCCAUAAACAGCAUGUAUAGCAAAUAAAUUGGCAUCUUGAAACUUAAUUGUAAAUAUCCUCAUUUUUUAUGUAUAUAUCACCUUUAUAAUUUAUUCCUUUUAAAAUAACCCAAUUGUUUAUUUUUCUGUCAGCAUCAAACUUUAAUGUUUAUGGUACUUUUUAUGGGUUAAAUAACAUCUGACAGUAAUGAUAUUAAAUGAAUAUAUAUAUUAUAGAAACACUUUUACAUUACAAGUAUGUUUUUUUUGUGCAUGUAUUUCUGUGAAACCUUAUCUCGGAUGUACAUUUUCAAUAUGACUGACAAGAACUGGUGAGCUGGCUCCAUAUUCCCUGACUCACCUGUUUGAAGAAACUGCUGGAUACUGAUCAAAUACCAGCAUCAUUCUUUCCCAUAAUGCAAUCAAAACCUCAGAUGUUUACAUCGUGAUAAUCUUCAGAACAUGUUGGUGCUGCUUCAGAGGCUGGGAAAUGAGCAGGUAAUCAAGUGUCAUUCUUGUCUGUUUUUUUCUGGGUACACCUGAACCAGCAUACUGUCUGUGUGCGUAUGUGUGUGUGCGUGCAUGUGUGUGUGUGCGCGUGCGCUGCCAUCCUCUGUACUUCCAUGAUCAUCAACAUUGCGAUCGGCCUCUCCAACUUAGAUUUUAAAAAAGCACUUGUGAUUACGAUUCAAUAAUCUUCAGUAGAUCAUGUGACUGCCAGAUGUGGAAGCAGCUUGAUAUGUGUAUAGUGUCGACCGUGUCCCAUGGACGUGGAUCAUUCCACGUUGAUCUGCAUAGGGGGCGGGGUCAUGUUGUUUGGCAUCGUCCCCUUCUUUUUCCGGACCGGUGUCAGAGAAUGUUAAGGAGCAAGUAUGGAAAAAGUGCACAUAAAGGGUCAUAUUGUCUGCACGCAGCCUCGCUUACAAGCCAAGGACAUUUCCUGUGGGGUUCUGUGGGUCUCCUUUCUGGCUAUGCAGAUAUUUUACUAUAUAUACUCUUUUCUACUGUAUUCAAUGGGGAUUUUCAGAUAAAAAGCUCUGUUAAAUCCUACUGAAUACUGUUAC